AUGGAGGACGAGCGAAAAAUGGAGGUAUUUGACCACCACUGCUUGAGGACCAUCCUUCAAGUGAAGUACAUCGACUUUGUCUCAAAUGAGACAGUCCGCGCUCGCUGCGACAACAUCGCAAGGAUAACUCAGACCAUCCAAGAAAGACGACUGAGGUGGUUCGGGCAUGUUCUUCGUCGUCCACCUCAGGAGCUCACCGUCACUGCCCUCGAUCCGCCACCGCUACCCCAUUGGAGGCGUCGAAGAGGUCAGUCCAAAACCUGGCUCGACACAGUUCGUCAAAACAUGGAGGUGGUUCUUGGACCUUCGGUAUUCGUUCUACGUCGUUGGCGAAAGGAAUGGGUUGAGCUGUCCAGAUCUGCUGCCGCGGAUCGUCACGCGUGGAGAGGUACAGUUCGUGACAUCAUCGAGGCCGGCUAG